CUUUGCAUGCUAUAGGCGUUAAUAUCCCACCUAUGAAGGAACGUGGAGGCCUGGCUGGGCUUGCCUUGCUCUUUAGUUACUCGGUUCUCUAAACCAUGAAUUCAUCAAAAGCUUUCUUAGGAUUUUUGUGCUGUGAAAAACUGCUUGCAACUGUGGUCAGUGUUAUUUUCUGCAAAGUAACCUCUGUGAUGUUUCUCAUAGCAACAAGGAUAUUCCUGCCUCUAAUUUCACGAUUCAUGAAGUCCACUGCAGCAGAUUUCUUGCAGCGUGCCAGUACUGCGAGGUUUACAUCCCAAUUUCGGAAAUGAAGAACCAUUUUGCAUCUGAGCACGUGGAGGUUACCUGCGAGUGUGGGAUGAAGAUGGAAAAACAACACUUGGAGGACCACAAGGCGUUUGUGUGCCUUCUGCGACUUGUCCUCUGCCCUUACUGCGAAAUACAGCUGCCUUUGAGAGCCAUGGUUGACCAUGAACUUUACUGCAGCACACGGACGGAGGAAUGCGAAAACUGCCACCGCUACAUACUGGUGCGAGACCUGAAAGAACAUCCUCGGGUCUGCGGGCUAGUGGGGGUACAAACCCGAGGAAGUGCACCGUCUGACUUUGAGGAUGAGGAUGCACAUUUGCAAGACCUCCGGCACAGUGGAAGAGAAUCAGGAACAGAUGACGAGCCCGUCACCCUGCCGUGUCAAAGUUGUGGCUUGCGGUACCCUAUCUAUGAGCGGAUGGAUCACGAGGUUUAG